UUUAUUCAAAGAUGUUUUUUCAAGUAAUAUGUAAUGCAAGAUAAAUAUUUUUUUAACAAAUAAAUGACGACACCAAUAACGAAGUUUGAAUGAGAAAUGUGGAGGUUAAAAAUGUAUAUUCGUAGGCCCCCCUCCCCCAAAAAAAAUAUUAAUUGUGUUUGGGAAGACUGGGAUUUAUAUUUAUGAAACUGAAUAUGGAACUAUAGCUGACCUUGUCAAAUAAUUGAAACUAUGCCUAUGUACACGUGUAGGUACAAUUAGGAGGGGUGGGAUUCUUGAGCCUAAAUAUUAAAGAGUUACAUUAAUUCUUAAUUGAACUAAAUAAAGAGUAAACGUAAAAUACUCUUUAAAACAUCAAGAUUUUUGUCGUUAAAAAUACUAAAAUAAAUAUGAACGAAGACUCUUUGUUGAAGGAAAAACUUUUAUUUGUUAUGGUAUUUGCCGAGGUUGUAAGUAUACUACAUAAAGCUAUAGAUAACAUGACAAGUAAAAAUAUUUUGUCAUCCCUUAUGAGGCACCAAAACAAUGUAAUUUUUAUCACUAGAACACCAUUAUUUGUGUGUUGUAUUCAUGAUUAUUACAAUAAUAUCGAAUAUAUGUAGCAAUAAUCGUUUGUUUUUAGAACUUCAAAGAUAUCCCAGUGACUAAUAAAGCUUUCUAUUUUUACUUAGACUCAUAAAUGUACGAUCUUCUUAGAGUAUUUGAAUGGGAAUAGGCUGCUGUACAGGGAAAUACAAUAUGUAAGAGUACUGAAUAUAACGAUGUGGCGCGUGUACUUAGCGUGCGACGGCGGCCGCGUCAUCGGCCGGUGCCAAAAUCAAUAAUCAGUAUUGUUUAUCGAUUUUUUCGCUUUACUGCUGAAGCCGUUCUCGCCAUCGUUGCGUGUCCAAACAUUUUCAUGCGGACUUUCAAGGAAGGUCACUUUCUGUCAGUUCUACAUUAAACAAUUAUUUGAUAUCGGUAGGACGCCGCCGAACACCUAGGACGAGCAUUAUGUCCAACAUGGUUAAUGCUGAAAAUUAUCAAUUGAAGUGGCACAGUCAUGGUGCUCACUUACAUUCUACAAUAGCUACAUUACAUCGAACUACGGCUUUUACUGAUGUUACAUUGAGUACAAUUGAUGGUCGCAAUGUUUCUGCACAUCGUUUUGUUUUAUCAGCCUGUAGUGCUUAUUUGCAACAAGUAUUCCAAAAUUGUGUAUCUAAUAAUUUAGUUAUUGUUUUGCCAGCUGAUAUUAGUUAUCGUACUCUUUGUAUACUACUUCAGUAUAUGUACAGUGGUGAAGCAACUGUUACUAAUAGUCAAUUGGAUAGAGUACUGAAAGCAGGUGAAGUAUUAAAAGUUAGAGGACUGUGUCGUAACAAUGAAAAUACUGUUGGUGUAGUACCAAGACAACAAUCAUCAGACAAUAAAGAUGAAAAAGUCAAGUCUAAAAUUAAAGACAUGCCUCUAUCAAUAAGGUCAGAGGCAAAUGAAAAUAAAGAAAAUGAAAAAGAUAAAGAAAAUGAAGAAAAUGAAAUGAAAAAAGAAAAUUCUGAGAAUGAAGAUCCAAUGCAAAAUGCUUUGCAAUUAGAAAUAACUGUUAAAGAAGAACCCUUAGAAUGGAAUGAUAAUGAUCGCACAGAAAUGACUAUUCAACCGGAACUCUUCUCCAAUUAUGAUGAGGAUGAUGAAGAGGCAGACUCAGAUUAUUAUGCGCCUUUAACUUGUGAUAUGUGUCAAGAAACAUUUAGAACUCCAGCUCUUUGGGUAAGACACAUUCAAACUCAUGAACUAGGAUCAAUUACUGAUAUUCCUAAAAGAAAACGUCGUAAAACAACAGAUGAUGAUGAUGGAGAAUUGCCACCUUUAAGAUGUGAACUUUGUCAAGAAGAAUAUCUGACACCAGGAGAUUGGGUGAGACACAUACAAAGUGCACAUACAGAAGAACAGUUAGCUAUCACUAACAGUCUAGCUAGUGGAGGAUCUGGUGUAAUACCAUCAACUAAACGACCACGGCCUCGUAUCAUGAAUGGUCGAAAAGUGUGUCCUAUUUGUACUAAAACAUUCCCAUCACAUGCAAGCAUGUUAAUACAUAGUCGAACUCAUACAGGAGAACGACCAUAUCAAUGUGGUGUUUGUAAUAAAGGGUUUAAUGUAAAAAGUAAUUUACUUAGACAUAUGAGAACUUUACAUGAUACAGUCAUAAGUCCAAAUGCCAUGGUUGAGUAUUGUAAUGCUCAAGAUGAUGUUUCUCCUACUACAUUGGUGAUGCCAGAUUUAAAAAAUGAAAAUGCAGGACAAUAAGUUGUAUUUAUAAACUUAAAUUGUUUCUUAUACUUAUACGUAUCUUGUAUUGUUCAAGGGUCACUUUAAAAUAUAACUUAUUUUUUGGUUUUAACAAGUUUUAUUUUUACAUUCUUGCAAUAAUAAUCUAGAUAAUGAAAUUGAUACUGUUAGUAUAGAUACAUAUUUUGUUUAAUAAUAUAUUGAGGAUGUUAAGGUAGGAUAGAACCUCUGUAGUAUAAAUGAUUAUGUGAUUAAUAUACAAUUUUUUUUUAUUUGAAGAAGGUGAUAAACCUUUUUUUACAUAUUCUCCCCCUCCAAAACCCUUGCACUGGCACAGAUAAAACUAUGCAAAAAAACAAUGAAUUAUCGAUGAUGAAAAAAUAAUAAUUAACAUUUUUUUCUCUAUAAAUGUAACUUAUGAGAUGAAUUAUUUUAAAUUGAAAUUUUUUUUUAUAUAUAAAUAAAUUAGUUGUUUUAAUUCAUAUUAAUAAUACGAGAAAAAUAAAAGUUUUUAUAAUUAUAUAAAAUAUUAUUUAAUAAAUAAUUCAAUAUCUAUUAUUUUCUUAAGAUUUACACAUUUAAUUUUUUUAA